UCACUUCAAUUCAUGAUCACUGUCAACAACACUCCACCAGCAUUAAAGUCUCUCAACUAAAUUUCCUUCUCUAAUACUCUCUACUUUCUUUCCUUUUUCUCUCUUCUUCAUUCCUUGCUCUCACUCUCUAUUACCUUCUCCACAAGAUCUAUUUCACUCUCUAACUUUCUACUUAUGCAUACAUCUUUCUUUUCGUAGAUCUUCUACCGCAUUUCGUGGAUCCAGAAACCGACCCUCACUCAUUUUCUUUUUCGCAUUCUCUCUCUUAGGGUUUUUCAACCACAUGUUUCUCGCUUAUUCUUCUUCGCGCUUUUGAACUAUGCUUUCUCUCCCUCCCACUUCGGCCUGCCGCCGCUCCCGCCAUGAUCUCCGGCGCAUACUCUGCCGGAAUUUCGCUUGCUGCGGUGACGUCGUCGAGCUUCAAGGUGCUUUCGUCUGACCAUGCUUUUCACCGGGUUUUGUUUUGGCAACAGAGAAUGCCGGCGUCGGUUUUCUUCCUCCUCGCUCUUCUUAACUUGCUAUUCUCUUGCCAAGUGAAGUCAUUUUCUCUGAGUGUGCCAUUUGCUUCAUUGGAACAAACUAAGUUGUGGUUUGUUAAGCCUUCUUCUGCACCAUCUUUUGCACCUGUACCAUCUCCAUCCUAUCAAGGUCCUAGUGUGACUCCAACACACAAACAUUGCCAUCGUCACCGACACCAUCAUAGCACAAGACCAUAUGUAGGGGCUCCACCCCCUUCUAAAGACCAAGCAGCUUGUGAUCAAAUAUGUACUGAUCCACUCACAUCAACUCCCUUUGGUUCACCUUGUGGUUGUGUAUUUCCUAUGAAAAUAAGACUUACACUGGAUGUAGCUCCUUAUGCUGUUUUCCCGGUAAUGACUGAGUUAGAGAAUGAAGUUGCACUAGGCACUUAUUUAGAACAGAGUCAGGUGAAGAUAAUGGGGGCUACCGCUGACAGUCAAAAUCAGGGAAGAACUAUUGUUGAUAUUAACUUGGUUCCACUGGGAGAGAAAUUUGACAACACAACUGCAGCACUGACAUACGAGAGGUUUUGGAACAAAAAAGUUCCUCUAAAUAGGAGCCUUUUUGGUGAUUAUGCUGUUGUGUACAUUACAUAUCCAGGAAUUCCAUCUUCACCAUCAUAUGGAACUUCGAUUGGGAGUGGUCCUAGUGAAAAUGCUGAUGGUAUUCUCCCAGUCAGUGCCAACUUUCCCAGCAAGAACCAGAAAACGAAUCUUAGAACCAUAAUCAUCAUUGCUUUAUCUUCUUUUGUGCUCUUGCUGGUUUUGGUCGGAGUAUUUUCUGUCGCUUUGAAAUGUAGGAAGACUAGGAGACCAUCAAGUGCGGUUGGCCCAGCAUUCACAUCUUCCCUAAAUAAGAGAUCUGGCUUGGGGUCUGUGCUUUCGAGCAGUAUUGCAAGCUCGACAUCAGUGUCCAUCAUGUCCACAAUGGCUACUUCCAUUCUCUCUUCUGUUAAAACAUUUUCACUUUCUGAGCUUGAGAAAGCAACAGAUAAGUUUAAUUCAAAGAGAGUAUUAGGGGAAGGAGGAUUUGGACGUGUGUAUAGCGGGACAUUGGAAGAUGGGGCUGAAGUUGCAGUGAAGCUACUUACAAGGGAUAACAAUCAGAAUGGAGACCGUGAAUUUAUUGCAGAAGUUGAGAUGUUAAGCCGUUUGCAUCAUCGUAAUCUAGUGAAACUUAUUGGUAUAUGCAUUGAAGGGCGCAGGCGCUGCCUGGUAUAUGAGCUAGUUCCUAAUGGCAGCGUUGAGUCCCAUCUGCAUGGUGAUGACAAGAAGAAUGGACCUCUUGAUUGGGAUGCACGGAUGAAAAUUGCCCUUGGAGCUGCAAGAGGAUUGGCCUAUCUCCACGAGGAUUCCAAUCCUCGUGUAAUUCAUCGAGACUUUAAAGCUAGCAAUGUUCUACUAGAAGACGACUUUACCCCAAAAGUUUCUGAUUUUGGUUUGGCAAGAGAAGCAACUGAAGGAAGUAACCAUAUUUCUACACGGGUGAUGGGAACUUUUGGAUAUGUUGCCCCAGAGUAUGCAAUGACCGGCCAUUUACUGGUUAAAAGUGAUGUUUAUAGUUAUGGGGUUGUGCUUCUCGAACUUCUCACUGGCAGAAAGCCAGUGGAUAUGUCUCAGCCUCAGGGACAGGAGAAUCUUGUAACUUGGGCUCGGCCACUGUUGACCAGUAGAGAAGGUUUAGAACAGCUAGUGGAUCCAUCUUUGGCUGGAAGUUACAGCUUUGAUGACAUGGCAAAGGUAGCAGCUAUUGCGUCAAUGUGUGUUCACCCCGAGGUCACGCAGAGACCUUUUAUGGGUGAAGUUGUGCAGGCUCUGAAAUUGAUAUACAACGACACAGAUGAGAAUUGUGGAGAUUAUUGUAGUCAAAAGGAUUCCUCUGCUCAGGAAUCUGAUUUUAGAGGUGACCUUGCUCCUUCUGAUAGCAGUUGGUGGAAUGGUGGAGGGUUAACCCCCCGAUUAACUUAUGGACAAGCAUCUUCAUUCAUCACGAUGGAAUACAGUUCCGGUCCACUUGAAGAUAUGGAAAACAGACCGUUUUCAACUUCAAGCUUUAUUGGAGAUGAGAUAUCUUUACCAAUUAGGCAUGGGAAUAGAUCAGGUCCCUUAAGAACAGUCCGAAGCAAGCUAUCCUUAUAUAGAUUUACAGGAAGUCGGAGUGAGCAUGGGGGACUUUCUUCCAAGCGAAAUUGGGUAUGAUGGUUACUGGGUUUAAGGUUUGAUGUAUUUUAGUGUUUUUCAAAUGUACAGUUCCUAAAGUGAUUCAAACAAUUGAUUGAGUUACUGAUUUUAGCUUAGGUGUCUCAAAUUUCUGCAGUUUUCAUGUUAAAAAGGUUGGAGACGUACAGGACAUUGACUAAUUUUGAAAUAUUGAUUCAUUAUACAAUGAGGAAAUGUAACUCGAACAAUGUUGCAAUUGCCUGGAA